ACAGGACAGGACAGAGCUAUAGGUGGAAGGAAUCUGUGGUUAAUGUGUGAGCUGGUCCGACGGCGGCGGCUGUCUGUCUGAGAGGAAGUUGCAUUGUGGGUUGUAUGUCUGACUGAACACUGAAAGCACCACAGGUCUCUCUACGACCCAGAGACCGAUGCUGCCAGUCCAGAGGAUGUUACAGUGCGACUGGACACAGGCUGUUCGCGGUUACGUUGACCAAUGAAAUCCUAUUUUGGCUCUCUAAACAGCCGUGGGCGGGACAUCAUGCUGUUGAUCGAUGGGAUGCCUGCCGUCAGCGUCCAAUCAGAGUCUCUGGAGCCUCAGAGAACGCCCCAAACAGAGCCUGUAGACCUGUCCACCAGGAGCUCCAGGACAUCUCCGACAUCCACAGGAUCCCUACCGUCCACCUCCAUCACCAAGCCUUCCUCAUCAUCAUCAUCCUCCUCCUCCGUCAUUACGUAUGUCCCAAAUACUCCUGCUAUAUCAGCGGCAGGUCUCGGCGUGAGAGUCCUUUGUGGUUAUGUCCGAGAGUACCUCCUCACACCCGUCUCCUCCAGCCCCGCCCCUCUUCAGGCCCACACCCUUCUCCUCCAGCCCCGCCCCUCUUCAGGCCCACACCCUUCUCCUCCAGCCCCGCCCCUAUUCAGACCCACACCCUUCUCCUCCAGCCCCGCCCCUCUUCAGGCCCACCGUACGCCUGUAGUGGUACGGCCCACACCCCUGCUCUACACCAACCCAGCACACAGCAGAACCCUGGUGGUACCCCGACGUACACAUCACCGUCACCGUGGUGACGGCCAGGAUGAUGAGCUGCCGACAACGAGACUGAACAGUGUGACAGAGAUGGGACAGGUUGUUACCAGAGUGGGUCAUGACUCCAUGUUAGCCGGUGGUAUCCAGAGCAUGCGGGUAGGUCAUGUGACCAGGUCAGAGGUCAGGGGGCGUGUCCGUAGGUGUGUCCACAGGUGUGAGUUUUACGGCUGUAACAAGGAGUACACCAAGAGUUCCCACCUCAAGGCCCACAGACGCACACACACAGGUGAGAAGCCGUAUAAGUGCACGUGGGACGGGUGCACGUGGCAUUUUGCCCGUUCUGACGAGCUGACCCGCCAUUACAGGAAACACACGGGGGUGAAGCCCUUCAGGUGUGGCGACUGCCAACGCUCCUUUUCCCGCUCAGAUCACCUGGCCCUGCACAGACGCAGACAGACCCCUGUUGAGACCCCUGUUGAAACCCCUGUUGUGACCCCUGUUGUGACCCCUGUUGAGACCCCUGUUGAGACCCCUGUUGGCCGUGUGAUGGCCCCAACAGGAGCCGUUGAUGGCCCCCUGUUGUGA